UUACCACCAGCAACCAACAUGAACAACGCUGGAAUCUUGAAAGUUUUUUUUCUACUCGGUUUAAUUACCUUUGUAUUUUCUGAAGAAUCAAAAAAAAUUAAUAAUAAAAAUGCAGAAACAAAGGAUAAUAAACAAAAGAAACGUGGUUUAGAUUUUGGUUUUGGUGAUCACAUUGGUUUUGGUGGAUUUGGUGGAUUUGAUGGACAUGAAUUUGGUGGUGGAAUUCAUUUUGGAUUUGGUGACUUUGGUGAUCAUGCACACGUUGAUCACGUCAAAUCUGUUACAAUAACAAAACAUGUGCCAGUACCAGCCCCUUAUCCAGUUCAUGUACCAGUCAAAGUUGAUCGACCAUAUCCAGUACCAGUUGAUCGACCAUAUCCGGUACCAGCACCUUAUCCAGUUCAUAUUGAAAAACAUGUACCCUAUCCAGUAAAAGUACCAGUUGAAGUUCCAGUUAAAGUACCAGUUGAGGUUCCAGUCAAAGUACCAGUUGAGGUUCCAGUCAAAGUACCAGUUGUCAUUAAAGAACCAUAUCCAGUAUUUUUUAAAGAUCAUCAUCAUGAUAUUGGUGCUUUUGGUGGUUUUGGAGGAUUCGGUGGACAUGGUUUUGGUGGACAUGGCUUUGGGGGACCCGGAGGAAUUGGCCCAUUGGGACAUCAUUAAAAAAAAAUUAUUUUACAAUUAUCAACUGAAUUUUUUAGCGAAUAGAAAAAAAAAAUACCAAAAUAAUAUAUUAAUCAGAUUAUUAU